AUGGCAAAAAGUGGCAGCAGAUCUAGCUCAGCGAGCAGUUCCAAUGCAGGAGAUCAAGAGCAGAGAUACAAAAGACUCAAACUAGAAUCAAGCAGUGAUAUUGAUGAGACUCCCGUUAACGAAGCCCUUGUUGUUGCUCCUGCUGUUGGCAAUAUGAAAACACAGGCAGCAUUUGUCAACAAACUAUACAAAAUGUUAGAAGAUCCAGACACCUCUGAUUUGAUUGCUUGGUCAAGCCAUGGAGAUCUUUUUAGUGUAUCGAACCCUACAGCUUUUUCCAAGAGUGUUCUACCGCAAUACUUCAAGCAUAAUAACUGGCAGAGUUUUGUUAGACAACUAAACAUGUAUGGCUUCCACAAGGUGAACGAUUUGAUUCAUUCGAAUCUCACAAACGAAAACCAAACAUGGGAAUUCAAGCAUCCCAACUUUCGACGAGGUGCCGUUGGCGAUCUACAACAUAUCAAACGAAAGAGUGCCAAAACACAGCAGCUUCAAUUACAACAGCAAUUGCAGCAACAGCAGCAGCAGCAAGAACAGCAACAACGGGAUCUUCAGGUGCAGCACCGCGAGCAAGAACAACGAGAGCAGCAACAGCAGCAACGAGAAGAGCAACAGCAACAGUAUUACGUUAAUAAUACCGGUAAUAGAAAAGAAUACAACCAUUCAAAUAUGAAAUCAGAAGAUGCUUAUAUGCAAGACAAUAACAAUCCAGUGAUAAAGCAUAUAUUACGGAUCGAAGAUCAUCUGUUAGGCGUUACUAAAUCUUGUGAACAGCUUUUCAAUGAAGUAGUACAUUUGAGAAUGGUUGUUUCCAAGCAGCAAGAUGCAAUGCAGGAUUUAGUGGAUGUGGUGUCUUCUUCAGCCAAAGCAAACAAUAACUGUGUAUGUUCUUCUAACAACAAUAGUAACAACAACCAAGAAUUACAAAAUGCCGAGAACCUUCGAAUACAGGUGUCUAAGCUAAAAGAGAAUCAAAAUAUGAACAACAUUGGACAGAGUUACAACAAUAAUCAGAACAGCAACAGCCAGAACAGCAACCACAACCACAACAGCAGCUGCAGUGGAAAUGACUCAUCAAAUGCUAGCUGGUCUCCUGUUGCACCGUCCUCCUCCUCUGCCAACAACAAGACAGACAAGUCCUCAAAUGCAAGAAUCUCAUCCUCCAAUUCAUCUAACCCGAGUUCCUAUUCUCAAGAUAAUAAUAACAAUGAUACCAAACAACGAAAAUUACUUUCAUUUGAUUCAAUGCAACAACAACAACAUCAAUCAUCUUAUAGAUUAGACAACCACAACAAUUACAAUAGCAACCGCAGCUCUUCGGCCAUGAACACUGGCGGCUCAUCCUCAGGUAUGAAUGCGAGCGCCGAGAGCAGCAACUAUUACAACAGCAGCAGCAACACAAACGAUGAUAGCUUGCCAAACUUCGAUAGAAAGUCAUCCACCGCAUCUUCCGCAUCCUCCUCUGCAUCUCAUCAAAGAUACAAUGCUGAUUCUGAAGAGAAUAAAGCUCGAUCUUCAAAGAUGAGUUUUGGAAAGCAAUCUCAUAUGCUCAAUCCAAUCGGUGAUGGUCGCCAUCGUAUCAACAGGACCUACAGCAAUAACAACAAGAGCAACGACGACAAUAAUAACAACGACAGAGACUACAGUUAA